AGGAGAGAGCUUGUGUGUAGUUGGAAGCCGAGCACAGAGCGAUGAGUGCAGGGCGCCGGGCGAGUGGAUAGCGCCAUUCGCGAGCGCAAACGUUAGGCAUCUUGAUCAGGAUGCCCACGGAGGUCCGAGGGCGCAGAAAACUGUCCCUUCAGCGUAAACAAGUGAAUCCUGUAGAUAACUGUGCGGGAUAGUCAGCGACUUCACCUCUCCCGCGGGAGAUGGGCUCGAUAGCACCUGCCGGCGUCUCGGCGAGCGCCCUCCGCGUCCCGAUGGAGCCGCGAGCGUGGAGGCGGGGAAGAUGCGGAGCGGAGGCUGCAGCGGUGAUCCGAACGCCUCGGGGCUGGCCGCACGCUGCAUAAUUGAUGGGGGGCCGGGCGCAGUUCUGGGUCUGCCAAAGGCGCGUCUCCGGGAAGAAGGGCUGGGCGGCCGGGCCCCUCCCACUCCGCCUUUUCUCGCUGGUCCAGCCCCUGGGACUGGCAGCGGGCGCCCGGCCGCCGGCGAGAGUGUGCGGGGACUCCGGACAUCGACGGCUGGGCGCCGCGGCACCAGCCUGGGGAGGGCCGCGGAGGACCCGUCCACACCAUGCACGCCCGCGCUGGCUUUCGGGAUCUGCGGGCGCCUACGCCCGCUCCGCUGCUCCUCCUGUGCCUCGUAGCCUCCGUGGCGCCCCUGAGCUGGGCGGACGACCAUCCCUCAGCUUCACCUUUUACAAGUCUACCUCUCCGAGAAGAAAUGAUGGCAAAAUACACCAACUUUUCUUUGGAGAGUCAUAACAUAUCACUGACUGAACAGUCCAGUGUGUCAGUAGAAAAAAAUAUCACUUUAGAAAGACCGACUAACGUAAAACUUACAUGCCAGUUUACCACAUCUGGGGAUUUGAAUUCAGUAAAUGUGACUUGGAGAAAAGGUGACAAACUACUGGAGAAUAAUUAUUUAGUCAAUGCAUCAGGAAACAUCCUGUAUACACAAUACAUGUUCACCGUUAUUAGUAGUGAACAAAUGGGAAGUUAUUCCUGUUUCUUUGGAGAAGAAAAGGAACAAAGGGGCACAUUUAAUUUCAAAGUACCUGAACUUAGUGGAAAAAAUAAACCAUUGAUCACUUAUGUGGGGGAUUCAGCUAUCUUGAAAUGUAAAUGUCAAGAUUGUUUUCCUUUAAACUGGACCUGGUACAGUAGCAAUGACAGUGUACAGGUUCCCAUUGAUGUCCACAUGACUGAUAAGUAUGUUCUCAAUGCAACAAAUGCUAAUGAAACAUGGCUCAAGAUAAUGCAGCUUUCGGAGGAGGAUCAGGGAACUUACUGGUGCCGCGCAAUAUUUCACUUAGGUGAAAGCGAAGGCCAUAUGGAACUUGUUGUGCUGAGCUACUUGGUGCCCCUCAAACCCUUUCUUGCCAUAGCCGCUGAGGUGGUUCUUUUAGUGACUAUUAUUCUGCUUUGUGAAGUAUACACCCAAAAGAAAAAGACGCAUGCAGAUGAUGGGAAAGAAUUUGAACAAAUUGAACAGCUGAAAUCUGAUGACAGCAAUGGCGUAGAAAAUAAUGCUACCAGACAUAGAAAAAAUGAGCCUGUGAGCCAGUGAAUGAGGAACAGCAUGUCAAGAAUUAUGGGAAUAUACACAGAGAGUUUGUAUUUCAGCUUUGCUUAUGAUUCCUAUUAAGAGCAUCAUUUUUUUUUUUAUUUUUUAAAAGGACUCAGUUUAUGCAACGUGGUUAGCAAUAGUUUUGUAAAUAUGUGCUACUUCAGAUCUAAAGAUAUGUUUUCAUUCAGUAAUUAUUUUACAGUAAAGCAAAGUGGAUACAUUAAAUAUGUUCUAUAAUGAACUAUAAUCCAGAAUACUUCGUUUCUUCCUGGUUCCCAAGGGACACACAGAAUGGACACCAGCAAAACUGGAUAGUAGUUAUUAUACCAAAGGGUAUGCAAUACCUGUUUAUAACCAAAUAAUUUAUUACAAAGAAAGCCUUUACCAUUUGUCUUAAAACAUUUUCAUUCUUAAUCAUGCUUAUCCUAUGUAUAGAAUAAGGAUUUUUAUGUAGAGUUCAUCCUCCCGCCAUAUUGAAGCCAAACAUCUUCACUAGGAAAUGAAUAUUUUCUGCCUUUGCUAAUGAUGGUUAAUCCAAAGUCUCUAAGAAAAAUUAAUCUUUUUCCCAGUUUUUAUUUUAUUUGAGCUGCUUUUCCACACCAAACUAAACUGCUUCUGGGUCCUUGUGUAGAACAUUUUGGAAAAACCAUGGGUUUGGUUUAAGACAAGGAAAUAGUCAUAUAUUUGUCCAAAGCUGUACAGCAUGCGGGUUGCGAAGUCAUCGUAGCACUGUUCCGGCUGCUGCUCUCCUCCAUGGUUUCCUGGUAUCUUUGAUUUGAUACUUCAUUUGCUGGUAUCUGGCAAGAUGGAUAUUUAAAACUGCAUCAAUAGUGCUUUAUAACACUAAUUGCUUUGUCUGAAAUCCAGAAACACUGAAAUAAUUAUAUGUUGCUACAAAUGCCUAAGACCUUUCUUUAAAAAUAAUAUAGUUUCUCUUGCAUUGAUCACUGAAAAACUUGUCAUAACCAAAUCAGGUGAAGACUGAGUGAACAUGAAAAGUUGUGGUUGACUUUGAAUGGAGUAUUAAAAUCAUGCUGCAGGAUUUUAGAGUAGGUUGAGGACAACGAUGUAAAACCAGCUUUGUGGCCUUGAGCUACUGGGUCCAGCAUCCCACUGUUUAUAGUGCAACAGAAGCAAAGGGGAAAGAGCUUGGGGUAGUGGUGAGGAAUCCACAGUUCUUAGUGAUGAGGGAAGUCAAGUUUGGAAAAGAGUGCAGUGCUUUAAAAAAAAUGAAUUUUCAUGUUGUACUGGCUGAGAAAAUUGCAAAAUACAAUGUUUAUUGGUGGAGAAAAUUAUCACCUAUGUGGAAUCUUAACCAAUGUUAAAAAUACUACUUGUAUGAAGAUUACAUAUAAAGUAGUAGCUUGGAAACUGCUCAUUUUUUGGUUGCGGUAUUUUGUUUAAAGUGUGUUAACUAAGCAUACAAGUUUUAUUCAACUAGUAUAUAUCUCUUUAGUAAUGGCAGAUUUUAUUUUAUUCUUGAUCUCAGAGCCAUAAGCAAUGCAUUUGUUUUGGUUCAGUUCAUUAUUAACUUGAUAAAAUUAACUUUGAUAAUGUAUAUGGUGGCAGGCAACCCAUCAGUUCACUUAAUGCAAACUAUUUGAAUUAUUGAAAAUGUAGUCACACUUGCUAUUUGACUAGGUCUAAUUCAAACUAGUGUAUUUGUUAGUGGCUACAAAACCAAUUUCUAGCUCAUUUGCAGUAUGCAGCUUUCCAUUUGGUACCACUAUUUAGACUAAAUCCUUUUCAAACAAGAAAAAAUUGCUGCCCCAAGGUAAAAUAAUCUGAAAUAUUUAUAUAGUAAAUUGAAUUCUUAAGUGGCAAUUCUUGCUAUUUUUCCUAUCAAAGGCAAUUUAUUUGAGUAACUAUUUCAAGCAGUAAAAGGACUCAGACAAUUAAAGUCGAAUUUUGGCUUUUCAGAGUCUCUCUGGAGGACUUCUAGAAAUUACUGCAUCACAGUUAGAUUAAAAAUGGAAUGCUACCAUUAACUAAUCUCAUAGGGAUGAUAAAUGGAUGAACAGCCAAUUGUAAAUUGAUUAAAAAUACUAAGCAAGCAGAAAAACUGAAGCAGGCAAGCUAUUCCAUAUUUAUAUUUUAGAUCCCUGGGGAAAUUCUAUUAAUCUUUCCAGCUAACAGAGAUUCGCAGCAUAAGUCGAUUAAUGACGUCUUAUUAUUUCCAGAUACUUUCAUAUUAAGUUUAUACUCUAAUAUAAAUCUCCCUUUGUAGUCUUCAUUUUCUUCAGCAUCUCAUUACUCAAGCCAAAUUCUAGAAUUCAUUGUGAUUUUCUUCCCCUUUAUUAACUAAUGCUUUUAGUAAUCAUGAAGCUCUUCCCAGUAGCUCAUUAAUCUAGCCCAUUGUUUUCCCCACUCUGCCUUUGUCAGCUACCAGAGCUAAGGUACUGAUUGUCCUACCUCAGUCUCUCACCUAUUAUUCUCAUUGUUGCUCAAAUCAUGUUUCUAAAAUACCAAUCUCACUAUUUAACUUGAUGUGAUGAAGUCUAUGUCAAACCUCUGCAGAUUCAUCUAUGCCUUUUCUUAAUAUGCUAGAUUCCAAAUCGCAAAUCUCUCUCCAAUGUCUGACUUACCAUUGACAGAUAAGAGAUUCAGUGCAGAAACUCAAUUCCCUGUGGUCUAGCACACUGACUUACUGAAGCUUAGCUGUUAAGACUUUAAUCUGAUGUUACUUCGUCUUACUGAUCUUUCAUAUCCUGUGGGGGUUGCGGCAUCUAUGUGCUCAAAUAACUCAACAUUUCUUUCUGUUUAUCUCCCUCUAUUAUAAAUAUACAUCUGUCUCCUUC